CACAGAGCGCAGAGGCCUCGGAUGGAGCCCGAGGUGCGGGUUCUGCGCUUGGCUGGCGGCUUCGGCCGGGCCCGGUGCCUCCUGGCCGCCGCUUCGUGGCUGCCGUGCGUGGCGCUGGGGUUGGCGCUGAGCUCGGAGCUCUUGCUCACUGCGCUGCCGGCGCACCACUGCGGCUCAGACCCCGCGCGCGCCCGGAGCACCUGCCUGCCGCUAAGCUACCCCAAGUCCGUGCCCCGCGCGGGCUCCGACGGCGCUCGGCCCUGCUCACGCGGCUGGUACUACGCGCAGCCCGCCGCCGACCUGCUGCGCAGCCCGGUCACCCAGAGGAACCUCGUGUGUGAGGAUGGCUGGAAGGUGCCCCUGGAGCAAGUGGACCACCUCCUGGGCUGGUUGCUGGGCUGUGUCCUCUUGGGCCUGGGCUGUGACUGGUUUGGCCGCCGGGCUGUGUUUGUGGGCUCCCUGGUGCUGGCCACAGGCCUGGGGGUCGGUGAGGCCCUGGUUGCCAGCUUUCCCGCCCUGCUGACUCUGAGGCUGCUUAGAGGGGGGGCCUUGGCAGGGGCCUCCCUCGCCCUCUAUGUGGCUCGCCUGGAGCUGUGUGACCCCCCGAACCGCCUGGCAUUCUCCAUGGGGGCUGGCCUCUUCUCAGUGGUGGGCACACUGCUGCUGCCCGGCCUGGCCCCGCUCGCCCAGGACUGGCAACUCUUGCAGGGACUGAGUGCCCUGGCGACGGGACUGCUGCUGCUCUUUUGGGGGUUUCCAGCCGUGUUCCCUGAGUCUCCCUGCUGGCUGCUGGCCACAGGGCAGCCAGCCCGAGCCAGGAGGAUCUUGUGGCACUUUGCCAAAGCCAGCGGUGUGGACCCCGAGGACAGCACAGAGGAGGAGAGUUCCCUGGCUAUGGAGCUGGAUGUGCUGUGCGUGGGACACCCCCAGCCCCGGCACCACUCAGUCCUGGAGCUCCGGCACACACAUGUCACCUGGAAGAACGCACUCAUCCUGGGCUUCAGUUCGCUCAUCAGUGGGGGCAUCAGAGCCAGCUUCCUGCACAGCCUUGUCCUGAGUGAGCCCAGCUUUUAUUGGCCCUACUUCCUGGCAGCUGGCCUGGAGGCAGCAGCCACCGUCUUCCUGCUCCUGACAGCGGAUCUCUGGGGGCGCCGCUCAGUCCUGCUGCUGAGCACCUUGGUCCUGGGCCUGGCAUCCCUGCUGCUCCUUGCAGGGGCCCAGUACCUGCCCAGCUGGAUGGUGCUGUUCCUCGCUGUCCUGGGGCUCUUGGCCUCCCAGACCGUGUCCGCCCUCAGCAGCCUCUUUUCAGCUGAGGUCUUCCCCACAGUGAUCAGGGGGGCCGGGCUGGGCCUGGUGCUGGGAGCUGGGUUCCUGGGCCAGGCAGCCACCCCGCUCACCAAAAUGCACGGCCGGCAUGGCUUCUUCCUGCAACACGUGCUUUUCACAUCUUUUGCCCUCCUCGCCCUGCUGUGUGUCCUGCUGCUGCCGGAGAGCCGCGGCCGCACGCUGCCCCAAUCACUGCAGGACGCUGACCGCCUGUGCCGCUCCCCGCUCCUCCGGGGCUGCCCACGCCAAGACCUCCUGCCCCUGCUGCCAGCCUCCCUCCCUGGGGCAGGAACACAGCUGGUCCAGGAGGGGUGACCAGGCUGUAGAGACACUGCCAUCCACCAGUGCUGGUGGAAGGGUCUUGGGAGGGUGGUGGGGAGCCCGCCUGUUUCCAGGGGCCCUGGCGCCCCUCCAAGUGGGAAAGAUAAAGGUGUGCGUGGAACUUGG